AUGGAGACGACGGCGCAGCCACAGGUCCAGCCGCCUCCGGUGGUUGAGAAGCUGAAUCCGGGAGUGGUGAAGCUUCUGUGUCUGGAAUCAAUAAAGAUACGAGCUAUUAGCUUGUGCAAGGCCGUUUCUAGGAUCCUUGAAGAUUUUGACGCUUAUGUUUUGCCGGUUAUGUUGUCUUCCAAGUUACUUCCGGAGAUGGAAACUGACGACAACUGCAAGAGAGAGCAGCUGCUUCAAGGCGUUCAGAGUUUGCCUAUACCGAUGCAAAUCGAGAGGCUAAAGGCGAGGAUGGACAUGAUUGCAGCGGCUUGUGAAAACGCGGAGAAAGUAUUAGCUGAUACUCGUAAAGCCUACGGAUUUGGCGCUCGUCAAGGCCCAUCUAUGCUUCCAACUAUGGACAAAGUUCAAGCUGCAAAGAUUCAGGAGCAGGAGAACAUGCUACGAGCAGCUGUUAAUGACGGCGCAGGAACAAGACUGCCUCCAGACCAGAGACAGAUAACUACUGCACUUCCACCUCAUCUAGCAGAUGUGCUAAUCGUCAACGAUGCAGGCAAGAAUGCAUUUCCUGUGGCAGCAAACAACAUCAACAGUCAAGGAAAUCUUUUGCAGGCUUCUGGAACACAAUUUAUGGGAAGAUCAGCUGCAUCGCCAUCUGGGUCAGAUGUCAUCACUUCACGAUUUGCAUGGGCAAACUCAGCAGAAGUUUCAGACGUUAUUGCCAUCUUUGAAGAUGACCAGACUUAUAUGUGCAAGUUUAGCCAAUUACAUGGGCAACAUCAAAUGCCAUUUUCUCAGCCAAUGGGACACCAACAGUUCCAAGCUAGACAGCUCUCAGGCGGACAUAAUAUUCAGCAUAGCAUGUCUCAAGGACAGCUUAAUCCAGCGAUGAACCGUCACUUGAACCAGUUUUCAGGUGGAGCCAAUAGCGCAUUGUUUACUUCUGCACAAGGCUCCCCAAGUAGCCAGAUGAUACCAAACAUGUCAUCAAUGCAAUCUCAGACACUUGUUCCUAGAAUGCAGCAAUUUGGAGUUUCAGGUACCAAUGCUCAAAGAAGCCAUGCUUCUCAAAUGUUGGGUGACCAGAUGUUUAACAGCAGUGGAAUGAUGCAAACGCAGCAAACGCAAUCGCAGCAGCCGCAACAGCAACAGCAGCAGCAGCAGCAGCAGCAACAACAACAACAACAACAAGGAGUCUAUGGAAAUAUGCAGACCAAUCAGCAGACUCUGCAGCCUAACAUGCUGCAAAAUCCACAACAGAGACACCAAAACCCUCAAUAAUCUCCUCUUUGUAUGACUUCAGCGUAUUUUGUAGCAGCAGCAACAACAACAACAACAACAAGGAGUCUAUGGAAAUAUGCAGACCAAUCAGCAGACUCUGCAGCCUAACAUGCUGCAAAAUCCACAACAGAGACACCAAAACCCUCAAUAAUCUCCUCUUUGUAUGACUUCAGCGUAUUUUGUAUCACUAUGGGCCCUGACCCAGGCCCAUCUAUUUAUGACUUAUGGAAGCAGAGAUCGGACGGUGGAGGAUUGGUUUCUGUUCUGACAUGUUCUCUAAUGAUCGACACGUAUUAAUGACGUGGACAUCACAACGCCGUUGAUGGGUACAAGACAAAACGUAAACGCGUUUCUGUUGUACACGGGACUCGAGACAGCGACGUGUCGAUCAAGUUUACCUGUUUCAAAACUUUAAACAGAGAGCUCAAAAACUCCGACUCGGAAGUUAUUUAAUUUUCUGACAAUAUGUUUUGUUCUUGUCAAGUAAUUUACUUCAAAUAAAUAAUGUACACAAAUUAAAAUACUUAUUUUCUUUUUGGCGUCGCUUCCUUUGCUGUUGUCUAAAUUCCCCGUUACAAAAAAGCAAAAU